AUGGCGCUGUGGGCAAAGGCCAGGCUGCGGAUGGCAGGGCCCUGGCUGUCCCUGCACAGGGCACGCCCACUGGGCACCAGAGCCGCUGCAGCGCCCAAGGCGGUGCUGCCCUUCGAAGCCAUGCCCCGGUGUCCUGGCAACAAGUGGAUGCGGAUGCUGCAGGUCUGGAAGGAGCAGGGCUCUGAGAACAUGCACUUGGACAUGCAUCAGACCUUCCAGGAGCUGGGGCCCAUUUUCAGGUACGACGUGGGAGGGAGACACAUGGUGUUCGUGAUGCUGCCCGAGGACGUGGAGAGGCUGCAGCAGGCGGACAGCCUUCACCCCCAGCGGAUGCUCCUGGAGCCCUGGCUGGCCUACCGACAGGCUCGCGGGCACAAGUGUGGCGUGUUCUUGCUCAACGGGCCCCAGUGGCGUUUGGACCGACUGCGGCUGAACCCAGACGUGCUCUCGCUGCCAGCCCUGCAGAAGUACACGCCCUUGGUGGAUGGCGUGGCCAGGGACUUCUCCCAGACCCUGAAGGCGAGGGUGCUGCAGAAUGCUCGGGGGAGUCUGACCCUGGACAUCGCUCCCAGCGUCUUCCGCUACACCAUCGAAGCCAGCACCUUAGUCCUUUACGGAGAGCGGCUUGGCCUUCUGACCCAGCAACCAAACCCUGACAGCCUGAACUUUAUCCACGCGCUGGAGGCCAUGUUCAAGUCCACCGUGCAGCUCAUGUUUGUGCCCCGGCGCCUGUCACGGUGGACGAGCAGCAGCAUGUGGAGGGAUCAUUUUGAGGCCUGGGACUACAUCUUCCAGUAUGCCAACAGAGCCAUCCAGAGAAUCUAUCAGGAGCUGGCCCUCGGCCACCCGUGGCACUACAGCGGCAUCGUGGCAGAGCUGCUGAUGCGAGCAGACAUGACCCUGGAUACCAUCAAGGCCAACACGAUCGACCUCACUGCUGGGAGUGUGGACACGACAGCCUUCCCCUUGCUGAUGACUCUCUUUGAGCUGGCUCGGAACCCGGAGGUGCAGCAGGCCCUGCGCCAGGAGAGCCUGGUGGCUGAGGCCCGGAUCUCAGAAAAUCCCCAGAGGGCCACCACGGAGCUGCCUUUGUUGCGGGCGGCCCUCAAGGAGACCUUGAGGCUCUACCCCGUGGGUAUCACUUUGGAGCGGCAAGUGAGCUCGGACCUGGUGCUGCAGAACUACCACAUCCCGGCCGGGACGCUGGUGAAGGUCCUACUCUAUUCCCUGGGUCGAAACCCCGCCGUGUUCGCCAGGCCCGAGAGCUAUCACCCCCAGCGCUGGCUGGACCGCCAGGGCUCUGGAAGCAGGUUCCCGCACCUGGCCUUUGGCUUUGGCAUGCGCCAGUCUGGGCGGCGCGUGGCCGAGGUGGAGAUGCUGCUGCUUCUGCACCAUGUGCUGAAGAACUUCCUGGUGGAGACACUGGCGCAAGAGGACAUAAAGAUGGUCUACCGCUUCAUACUGAUGCCCUCUGCCCUCCCCCUCUUCACCUUCCGGGCCAUCCAGUAG